CCCCAGUUAAAAAACAGGUCGCAGGCAGCUAUUGCUAUUGCAGUGGUGUCUUCUUCCAGGCAGCCUGCGUUUGGAGGCAGGCAAGCACACCAUGCAGCCUCUACAGACCUACCAGGUUGUCAGACCCUUCAAACAAAGGAAAAGUUUUGCAACCAGAGUUGAAGAAGUGGCCAGCAUUCGAGGGAAGUUUCCAACAAAAAUCCCAGUAAUUGUUGAAAGAUACCAGAGAGAAAAAUACCUUCCACUGCUGGACAAAACAAAGUUUCUUGUACCUCAAGAGUUGACCAUGACGCAGUUUAUAACCAUCAUUAGGAGCAGAAUGGCACUGAGUAAUACCCAAGCUUUCUACUUGCUAGUAAAUAACAGAAGUUUAGCCAGUAUGUCUCUAACUCUGGCUGAAGUAUACCGAAAUUAUAAAGAUGAAGAUGGUUUUCUGUACAUGACCUAUGCUUCCCAAGAAAUGUUUGGAGGCUUCUUAACUAUUGGCAACUGUAAGGAAUGUCUCCUUAAAACAUAAAUAUUAUUUUGGUGACAGCUGUGGCUAGACAGCUGGGCUGUGAAUCACACAACUGGCUUGAAGAUGAAAAGUGGUCUGUCUAAUGUGAGCUCUCCUGAAGGAUUGAUGACCAAGGAGUUGGCAGGACCCAACCCAAGAACCAAGCGGUGGAAGAAACUAUCUUAAACAAAUGACAUGAAUAUAUAUUUUGUACUUGGCUGCUAGUCUGCCAAAGGAAAGUAGUGGGGAUACGCUUAAGUGGUCAAAUGAAUUUAAAUUAUGUAUCUGUUUUUUAAAGUAUUGAAAAUGGAGAUGCAUGAGAAGCAAAUAAAGGGAUUUUAAGACCAGGGAAGACAACCUGGGCAGGAAUUGGCUGCUUAGCAGCUAGGAAUUCUGUGAGUGCUAGACACUGCUUGGUAGUUAAACAGAGCUGUAGUUGGCUCUUCUAUGAACCUGCUUUUGUUGAAGCCCUGUUCUACCUUCCUCCAAGAGGAAUCCCAACAGCAGGUGUCGGUUACACUCUAAGCUUUGCAACAAGGAUUGGCAACUGUGCCAGAUACAGGGGCCACUUGUUUGCCCUUGAAAUCUUGGGGGGGGGGGGGUUAUAUAAACAUGGAAGGAAUGGUAGAUGAUCAGAUAUUGACUUAUAGUUUUGAAAAAUAGUUAUUUUCUGAUAUAAAUAGCCCCCAGAGUGGAGUGGGAGGCGUUGUACUGUAACUAUCCUGAGGAAAAGUUGAGAUAUAAAUUCAAUACAUGAAUAAAAAAUACCCUGGCAAAAAGGUGAUUUCUAGCUUCUGGAGGUUUCCAAAAGAGAUAAUUGGCUUGGGUAAGUUGGAGGACCAGGAAAAAAACACAGGGUUGCACUUUGCUGUCUCUAUUUAAGAGCAAGCAAGGCAAGCAAAUAGAAAUGGAACCCAUUUAUUCCCAUAUUUGUGAACUUGCUUGCUUUUCUCUAUUUGUAUGGAAAUGAAUCUUAUGAAGGGGGAUAAGUGCUGCAGCAUGUUAUAGGUACUGUACAACCUUAAAGGCAAAUCCCACUAAAAUAAAUCUAAUAAAAAUUUGUUUGGUGCUGAAAUCAGCAGAUAGAUUGUCCAGGAGUGCAGCUACCUCAAUGGGGCUGUGAUUAGAGUACAAAUACAUAUCUAAUGUCAUAUCUGAUGUCUUGCAAAGCUUAAACUAAGAGUAAGUAAAAGGUAGCUAGGUAGCACUAGCUACACUUUAGUGCUGAGGCUGUAAGCCUGGAAACUCUUACAGAAACUUUAUCAUGAUUCUGUGUUCCUGCUAUUUGAACUCUGCUCUGAGCUUUAACUUAAAAUCUGUCAAAGAUAAGACAACUUUAUAAAGGCAAACCUUGUUUUUAGUUCAAAGUCACCCUAUUGUAGCUCACAAAGUGCACGGGGAUUAAAAGUUAUCUAGCCUGAAAUUUAAAUCCUAAACCCUGCUGAUUUAGGAUUUAAACUCCAGUAUCCUAUUGUCUCUGACCAUUGGCCAUGUUGGCUGGGGCUGGUGGGAGUUGGAGACCAAAACAUCUUAGGAGACCUGGACUCAUUUUAUGGCAUAGUGAGGAUGGGCUAAGAUCAAAUGCUGCAACAGUUCUGAUAUGACUGGGAAAGUCCCAAUUAAUCCGGGGUUGUCCCAUUUUGUCAGGUGCUCCCAAAAGAUCCUGAUUUCUCCAUCCUUCUCCGAUUCUCCUCUUUGUCCUAAGUUGACUUUAGUUGCUGUAAACUGAGUUCAAAACUGCAAAAGUUAUUUAUGGUCAAUUAAUUCAACAGGGAGGAAAAUAAUCUUAGGCUCAGGCAAAAGCAAGCCGCUACAGACUCUCUCAGUUUAUUUGUUCUUCUGCAUCAAUAGGUUUUGCAUCUUGAGUAUACUUGGAAGUUGCUUGGUCACAUCUGUUCCAGCUUUCAUUUGUGGAAGAUUGGAGGCUAUGCUAAGAUCUGACGAAAAGAACUAGAAUAUGAAACACAUCUUGAACCAUUUUAUUUUUUAAAUUCUACCAGUUGUGUAUCUCAAAACCACUUUAUUUUGCUGUCCUUUUUUUUUGUAUGACCUGUCCUUUCUUUAUCUUUGAGGAAUGUGCUGUGCUGGUUUGCAAACUGAUGUACAUUCUUGCUUGAAAAAAGAACCGUGUUAGGAAUAAGUGCUGUCUAGUCUACUCUAAUGAUUGUGUCUGCAAGUUGAAUGAGUCUGUGUGUAUGCCUGUAUUGUAUUUAUUUUGUUGGCUUGGUUGGGGGAGGACAGCCUUGUAAUUUAAACAUUCAGUCAUCAUGCAGCUUAAAGCAACACAUGUUUGGCAAGAGAAACAUAUAGUGACAUUGAAUGAUCCACAAGAGUAUAGGCAGAAGAUACAGCUUAGUGAAGCUGAAGAAUAGAUAAAACCCCAAAGAACUCCUCACUUGGAACUAUCAGCUCUUAUUUUUUUUUCUGCAUGAGAAGCACAAAUGAUGCUUUCAUGAUUUUUACCUCUUUUGUUGUUUCUAGAGUGGUCACUUGCAGUUUUUUCCUUUCUCAUUUUGGAGCAGCACAAGAAUAAAAUCUAUGAGGAAAAUAUCUUCCAUGGCUCUCUGUCAUCUCAAUGAAGCUUGUGCUGAUGGCAGGAGCCCUUAAAUCAGUGGUUCUCAACCUGUGUGUCCUCAGAUGUUUUGGCCUUCAGCUCCCAGAAAUCCUAACAGCUGGUAAACCAACUGGGAUUUCUGGGAGUUGUAGGCCAAAACACCCAGAGACCCAUAGGUUGAGAACCAAGGCCUUAAAUGUACGUGGAAAGGGGAGAAGUGGAAUCCUUUCCUAUGUCCAAGUAUAUAUGACUGCAAUCUUGGAUAUGUGUGUGUAUGUGUAUGUGUGUAUGUAUGCAUUUCUGCCUAUCAAGGACACCACUAUCCCAGUAUGGUAAUACAUCUGCUCAAUAAAGAUAUCAUUUACCUGCUAA